AUGUGUCGCAAGAAUGGCUUCCCUGAGAAAGGCGGCAUUACCGCUGCCUUUCUGCAGAAAAGGAAACUGAGGCUCAGCGAGAACCACCGCCCAGCCAGAGCCAAGGUCACAGAGCACGUCCGUGGCACGCGUCCAGGUCGUGCCACGGCAGGGCUGGCGGGCCUGACCCGGGCCGCCCCUUCCCCACAGGGCUCUUCGCACCUACCCCAGCAACUCAAAUUCACCACCUCGGACUCCUGCGACCGCAUCAAAGACGAAUUUCAGCUACUGCAAGCUCAGUAUCACAGCCUCAAGCUCGAAUGUGACAAGUUGGCCAGUGAGAAGUCGGAGAUGCAGCGUCACUAUGUGAUGUACUAUGAGAUGUCCUACGGUUUGAACAUCGAGAUGCACAAACAGGCGGAGAUCGUCAAAAGGCUGAACGGGAUUUGUGCCCAGGUCCUUCCCUACCUCUCCCAAGAGCACCAGCAGCAGGUCUUGGGAGCCAUCGAGAGGGCCAAGCAGGUCACCGCUCCUGAGUUGAACUCUAUCAUCCGACAGCAGCUCCAAGCCCAUCAGCUGUCCCAGCUGCAGGCCCUGGCCCUGCCCUUGACCCCACUGCCUGUGGGGCUGCAGCCGCCUUCGCUGCCGGCGGUCAGCGCAGGCACCGGCCUGCUCUCGCUGUCCGCGCUGGGUUCCCAGGCCCACCUCUCCAAGGAAGACAAGAACGGGCACGACGGUGACACCCACCAGGAGGAUGACGGCGAGAAGUCGGAUUAGCAGGGGGCCGGGACGGGGAGGGUGGGAGGGGGGACAGAGGGGAGACAGAGGCAUGGAGAGAAAGGAAUGUUUAGCACAAGACACAGCGGAGCUCGGGAUUGGCUAAACUCCCAUAGUAUUUAUGGCGGCUGCCUGCGGAGGCCCCAGUCCGACUUACAGGCCACCUCUAGCUUUCUUCCUACCCCAGUCCCGGCCUCCCUCCUCCUCCCCUGCAGCCUGGAUAGGUGGAUACCUGCCCUGACAUGUGAGGCAAGCUGAGGCCUGGAGGGUCAGAUGGGAGACCAGGUCCCCAAGGGAGCAAGACCUCGAGAAGCCCAGAACCCCUGGCACUUCCCCCGUUUUGAACACGUGUAACUGACAGUCUGCCCGGGCCCCUCGGGGCACACGCCACUGCUCUCUCACCCUGGUACUGCAUGCACGCAAUGCUAGCUGCCCCUUUCCCAUCCUGGGCACCCCGAGUCUCCCCCGACCCCGGGUCCCAGGUCUGCUCCCACCUCCACUUCCUGCCCCACUCACCACCUCUGCUAGUUCCAGACGCCUCCACGCCCACCUGGUCCUCUCCCAUUGCCCACAAAAGAGGGGGCACGAGGGACGAGCUUAGCUGUGCUGGGAGGAGCAGGGUGAGGGUGGGCGACCCAGGAUUCCCCCUCCCCUUCCCAAAUAAAGAUGAGGGUACUAAAGUUGUCUUGGUUUUUAUUUUAUUAUUAUUUUUUUCUUUUUCCAGUAUACUAGCUUGUCUUUUAAGAAAGGGGAUAUUAAAAAAAAAAGACAAAAAUGUUUUUAAAAAGCAACACCCACACCUGUGUGUGUAUAUAGUCAGCUUAUCUUGUGUUCAGUCGUUUGAUCUCUACAGAGAGAAGUGGAAAAUGCUGUAUCAAGGGUGGGCUUAGCUGUGCCUUUCAAAUAAAGAUGUGAGAAGGUUCA